AUGAGAGGACGCGGUGGAAGGGGACGAGGAAGAGGUGGGCGUGGCCGUGGAGGCGGUGGUAGAGGCAGGGGUCGAUCUGCACGUGGAGGGGCCGGAGCAUCAACAGAUGGGGCAUCGUCCGAGAAUAAGGAAGUGAAGGAUCUUAAUAUCGAUACAGAUUUGCAAGCAUUUUUUGUGGGGAAUGCUUCAGUAUCACAGCACUAUGUCGCACAAAAUCAGAACACAGAAAGGUAUGCUGCAGGCAUGGCUGUCCUUCAGAGAAAUGGCGUGGAGAUCGCACAGAAUGCAAGAAUUCGAUCAUUGGCAGCAGCAUGGGCUAGAAAAGACUUCAGCUUAUCAAACGCGUUCCUGAAAGAUCGUGACAACUUUGGACUAGUUGAGGUGUUGAAGGCACUACAGCUUUUGGAUUCAGGGAGACAAGUACGAGUGAAAGAAAAACAGCUGCGAAGACUCCAAAUUUCAACAAACAAAGUGCUAGCUAAAACCCUGGGCAAACUGAAGUCUGACAUAGAUAACCUAAAUGCCAUUAAGUCACCUUAUGGUACAGCAAGUGGAGCAAUAUGUAAAUACAUUCGUAAGUGGGUACAGACAUUUACCAAAGAGGAGCUGGAGUUUUACUCUCUUUAUUUCCCGAAGCAGCCAUGGCAGAAAUUGGCUGACCUCUGCCACUUCCAUCCAGAAAAGGACUUCCCCUCACUUCCCUGGUUUCUGCCAUAUUGUUAUGGGAAGGAUGCCCCAGAGGACACUAUGACUUACCGAUGUCAGCAUCUCACAGCUGACAAUAUAAAUGAAGUGAUCAAAGAGUUCCCUAUUCCAUACAGCCUUGCCAAGCAGCACAAGAGUAAUCUCACAUCUGAAUCCAAGGCUCGCAUCGCGGCCAAUGAGCCCAAACUUGACACAAUUAUCUGGUAUUACGAGGAUAUCGGUCGUGAUUGUGCAGAAGUUGACAAAAUCGUAGAUGACAGGAUGAAAAGGGGCAAUGAAGUGAAUCUACAGCUUGGAAAGAUGAUGGACCGGUUACUGAUGCUGAAGAUGUAUCGUGAAAACAUUCCUACCACCACGUAUUAUGGGCAGAAGAUUGAACGCAAAUUGGAUGAAAACAAAGCGCCAUUCAUGCAACAGCUCGUAUCAUUUGGCAACAAACGACUGAAAGAAGUCAGUUUGUCCCUCGAGGCCCCCAUUGUUGUGAGUGGAGAUGCCUCAGGCUCCAUGGAGAUUGCCAUCCGGACCAGUGUCAUUAUCUCUGGUAUCCUCACUGCCAUCUGCUCAGCCAAGCUUAUCUUUUUCAAUAGCACAUUUCGAUACCCGAGCUCCCUACCCACAAACAUAGAGGAGGUGUUAGAGCUUGCAUUGGAAACCAAAGCUGGAGGAGGUACUAGUCCAGCAGCAAGCUUGUGGCCUUAUUAUGAGAAUAAGGAAGUGGUUAAAACAUUCAUAAUGGUCACUGAUGAGGAAGAGAAUAGUGGCUACCAAAGUCACAGAUUUGCUGACCUUUACCAGAAAUACUGUGAGGAGGUGUAUCCAAUGCGCCUUGUGUUUGUGUCCUUCCUGUAUAAUCAGCAUUCUGAAGGUCAAAUGGUGCGAGAACUAAAGGCUAAGGGGUAUAACCCAAUGCAGGUAAAAUUCCAUCGCAGCCAACCUGACCUGACAAAACUUGACAAGCUGUUUGGAACUCUGUCUUCAGAAUCUCUUUCAUUUGAAGAGGAGGUGACAGCAAUGCAAGCUGAAAUCACAGACCGGGGAUUGGCAAAUGUGUUUCAGAAAGUAGACUUAUCUUCACAGUCUGAUGACAAAAACUAA